CGCCUCGGCCCUGGGCGACAGGACCCGUGCGCAUCAUGCACUGCGGGGACUGUGGGCUCUGCAACGCAUGAUCCACCCUCCUGUUGGGGAGCAGUGGAGGAUCAAGAUCCCCAUCCUGCUCAUGACUAUGGAAGGAACUGCUCAGACCUGCCAGGACAACGUGUGGUGGGAGCACCUGCUGCUGAAGGUACAGGACGGCUCACAGAGCUGUUACGGCAGCCAGGCAAACCGUGGAGGGCUGUCUGGGCAGGGGGGGUUCCCUCAAACCGCAGGGAAAUGAGGUGCUGAGUGUCAAUAAGACAGGAGGAGUCCAACUUGGAAGGUUUGCCAGUCUCCUUGAGUCUGGCUUGACAUCCAGAGUUGUCAUUUGGGAUCGUUCAGCCUUUCCAUAGUGUCUUUGAGCUGAAGUGGAAGGGGACGAGGCCUUGCUCGGGGCCUCUUGGGUGUUAGAAAGGGCACAGCAGAGGAGGAGGAAGACGACUCAGCCCAUGCACCCGUCCCUUUGCUUCCCUUCACUCGGACCCUCAGUUCCUGAACAGGACACUGCAGACCAUUGAUGAUGGUGCCUGGAGCAAAGAGCUAAUCCUGGAGCUGCAGCUGCAGACAGCCAGCUACGCCUGCUCCUCCCCGGAGAUGGUGCGUGCUGUUGGUGAAGCCUGGGUUGCUGCACCUGUUUCGCAGUGCUGGGGCAAGAAGGCUGCAGAAACUUUCUCUCCAGAGUUUGUGCUUUUCCAAUCUAUUUUCUUGAUCCAAGGCAUGGUCCUUGGUCCUCUACCCACUCACUGCCCCAAAGGGAGCUGCUCGGAGGGGCUGUCCCUGCCUUUACUUGCCAGUUCCCUGCACAGAGUGGGGCAUUUGCUGGGUGCUGGGGCUGGGCUCUCUUGGUCCUUCCUGGGGACGGGCUGUUUCUGGGCUGCUCUUGUCCCAAGUAGCAGGCUGCUGUGUUCCCAGCUCUUUGGUGAUGUUGGUCUCCUUCCUUCAGACUUUCCUAUAUAAGGCACUUGGUACCACGCUGGCCUCUUGCCAGGAUGUUGCCUACGUGAAAUUCCAGCUCUAGAAAUUUCUGAAGGACACAGAUUACAUGGACGCUUCGGAGAGAGAGCAAGUCGUGAGCAUCCUGGCUUUCUCAGCCAAGGGCCACCUGGACCUCACCCUGAGCACCCUGGAGGACUUUGGUGCUGCCAUAAGUAAAGUGCAAGUGUCUGGGAUCAUCAGCCUCCUGCAGGACUUUCACCAGGGGAGAAGAGGCAGGACCCACAGGGCCUUGAUCCUGGCCUACAGCCAAAUUGCUUUGCAUGCCCCCCAAAUGCACCUGCUCCCCCGCGUGGAGCGUGACAUCACCAGGAGGGUCCUGCAGCACUACAUGAGCAGCUGCCAGGUGCUUGGCAUCACCAUCCUCAAUAAGGACCUGGACUUAAAGCUGACCCUCAUCCGGUCAGUCACUGAGAUCAGCCGUGCCAUCCAGGACGCUGACGGCUCCCAGAGCUUCCAGUUCACGUACAAAGAGGAGCUGCUGGGGUACAUGCUGGACUUCAUAAAAGAGGAACCGAUGGAUUCCCUGUCCUCUCCUGUUCGCCUCACGGCCAUGCUUGCCAUUAAGCACAUGAGCAAGGUGAAACCCUCCCUGAAUCGGGAUGCAAACAGAAGCCUACUUGAAACCUGCCUCAGGUGCCUGGUACCUCUCCCAGCUGUGCAGCACCUGAGACAGGAGGGGGAGACAGCUCAGGACUCGUUGCAAAUACAGUCCUUGCAUGAGUUGUCCAUGCAGGCCUUGGGCAAGCUCAUGAGAGGCCUCCUUGAAGAAGACCCCACUGAGAGCUGGGUUAUGGAGAUGUUCCACCUUCUUGAGCCAUAGCUUUCAGUUGACAAGGAGUGGGAGAGGGACAAGGCCUUGCAGGGCAGUGCCCAGCUGCUUGCUGCCUGUCAAGAGGCCGUCUAC